AUGGCGCAUAGUACUGAAGAAGCGAAGAGGGUGAUCGCUGAGAUGGCGAAUACGAACCUCGACGACUUUGUGCGGGAUAAAACAUUCACCAUUGAAUUGGAAGAAUCAGUGAGAGGUCACAUCCACGAGGAGUUGACCACCUGGAUGUUCUACCGCAAGCUGGCAGCCGACUGCGCUCGUACCAAUAUCGCGCUGCAUGGUUUCUCCAUGCUCUGGCAGCGUCGUGCUACCGAGUGCCUCGCAGACAUGUACUGGUUGGAGAAAUACCUCAUCUCCCGUGGUGGCCGCUCCAAGCCUACUGCCAUUGAGGCUCCCAAGAUCGAAUGGCCUGACCACCCAGUCGAGCCCGUCCACCCGGUCAGGGAGGCUCUCAGUAUCGAGAAGAACGUGCUCCAGGAUCUAGAGCGAUUGUGCGCGCUGGCUCAGAAAUGCAACAAUCACUCCCUCACGGACGCUAUCCAGACGAAGUUCUUGCGUAAAGAAUCCAAGCACGUCAAGGACAUCGGUGACUUGCUCCAACAGGUGGUAAGAGUUUCCAAGCAGCCCGGUCAUGGUCUCUAUCAUCUUGACAAGGAACUCCGUUGCCACAAGGGCCGCAUCCCAUGGUGCUUGCAAAAUGACCCGGACUGCCAGGAGCCUGUUUUCGCAGAAAUAUCACAAUGCGAUGUUUCCAGAGGCCAUGCGAGUAGCCAUCAUUCUUGA